UCUUUAUGUAAAUUCACAGCGCCAUCUGUUCGCUUUAUUAAAACAGGAAAUGUAAUUGUACUACUCUGUUAACCAGAGAACGUCUGUUAACAAAUGACAAACAGCUGAUUUUGAUGCCGUCAAAUAAACAGCUGGCUGAUAACACACAAGCAUUUAAAAUGCCGGGAAAAAGCCAACGACCAUGGCGCAAAGAGUUAAAGAAACAGCAACGAAAACGGCGACGCUCAAAAGCAGCUCAAUCGCGUGACCUCGAAUUGGCGAUAGAUGAAGCAAAUAAAUUGAAAAAUCCUGCCUACCAACAAUUCCUGCAACAACAAGCACAAUUGGAAGCGCAACAAUUACGCGAAGCAGAACGUCUACAUGCUGAAGAAGAAGAGGCUUGGUUACGGCGUGAAUUGCUAGUACAGCGAGAACUCCGCUUGCAACAGGAAAAGCGUGCCGCCGCAGAAGCUAGUGAAAUGUCUUUACGAAUGGAACAAGAAAAGGCGCUGGUUGCAAAAUUAGCGGAAGAAGAGCGCUGCCGUAAAGUACGAAAGGAAAACGAAGUAGCUGCUGCUGCAGAAUUUGAACGUAUGCUACAAUGUAUGGAAGAAUAUUUGAAUAAAGAAGGACCACCACCUGUUGAACUACGCCGUAUAGUAGAAUCACGUCCGGGUCAAAAUUUAUGUGUCCUAUAUGAACGUACCAGCUGCUGCCGCUUUGGUCUAACGUGUAUUAACAAUCAUCGAAGACCGUUACUUUCUAACAUUAUUGUUUUGCGUCAUUUUUUCACACAUCCUUUGUUGAUGGAGGUUGAACAUAAGGAAUAUGCGAAUGCAGAUGGUGCUCUGGAGUUAAGUGAGCAAGAUUUAUGUGAGGCUUAUAAUGAAUUCUUUGGCGAUGUAUUACCUGAGCUGGAAUCUUUUGGAUAUGUAAUAAAUUUUCGUGCUGUGCGUAAUACACUGCGUUAUUUACGUGGACAUGUGUUCGUUGAAUAUGUAGAGGAAAGAUCUGCCUUAAAAGCUUUCAUAAAACUCCAAGGACGUUUUUAUGCUGGCAAACAGAUAAAUGCGGAAUUUGCGAAUAUACCAAACUGGCGAAACGCAAUUUGUGGUUUAUCACAUGCCCGUAAAUGCCCAAAAGGCAACAAAUGCUAUUAUUUACAUUUGUUUCAUAAUCCUGGAAAUAAAUAUAAUACACCAAUAGGUGCCAAUAGAACAGGCAGUGAUAAAACACCGGCGCUGACACCUCUAAUAAGCUGGAAUACGGUAACAGCGAAUGAUGUAAAGCACAAUUCACGCAAUUGGCGUUGGUCUGAGAGUCCUGAAGUAGAAUUAUCAACAACUAAGAGCGAGAACGAAGCUUUUAAGAAAAUAGGGUGUAGUAACAUAGCAGUAUGUAACAAAGAAAGGGAAGAAAGUCUGAAAACCAAUGGCAUGUCAUGUAGUGAUACUAAUAUUAAGGUGGUAAAAACAAAAGAAAAGUAUAAAAUUGAUUAUACCGAAAAGAAGUCCAAACGUAAAAGCAAAAAGCAUAAACAUGAACGGGAAAAAUCGCAUAAAAAGCAUAAAAGAAAGCAAUCACAUGAUGCUGUAGAUGAGAGGAACAACCAAAAACGUCGUGAUAAGAAUAAAGACGACGACAAUGAAGCUAAGAGUAGAAGCUCGAGGUCCUCCACCAUAUGUUCAAUAAAUGACACGCGAAGAUUCAAACAUGUCAGUAGGGAGCGUGAACGUUCAAGUGGAAAAAGUGACAAUAAACGAGCUCAAAUCAAACGACGUAGACACUCAAAGAAGGACAAAGAUUUUGCGAAAGACCAAUAUGCCUCUUGAUGCAUAGUAUAGAUGAGAGAGAGGAAGUGAAGUGAAGUAAACUUACGAAAAGCGCUCUUAAGCAAGCCCCGUAAAAAACAAGCAGCUUGAAUUUGGAAUCUCCAUUAAGAAGUUCAUCGAUUUGCAAAACUACAAUAAGCAAAUGUAAUGAAAGCAACUUCAGAGAUCUACAAAUAAUUCAAAGAACGAGAGCAAAACUUUUGUUUGAGCACAUAAUGCAGGUAAAGAACUUUAGUUACCUCGUAAGAUAAAGGUUAAAUUUUCGUAGUUUUGAGCUUGACAUACUCGUUAAAUGACCGCCAUAUGAAAAGACAACUCUUUGACUUUAAUCGCUUCUUAGCCGAAAAAGGCAGACGGCAGCCCGGAUCCGCCGGUGAGAACCCGUAUAUACAGAUCUCGUUGACUUAGACUGAUUUUGUCAGUUCUUGGCCGGUGUUUAGCUACGCCGCUAUAACGACAAUAGCAACAACAGAAAGCACACAAGAGAUUGCCCAAAGUUGUUAACCAUCAACAACUAAAGUAUAGUGGUUCCUUCAUAGCUGCUCCAUAUAUAUAUAAUCUUUAGAUUUAAAUGAA